AUGCCUGAAAUCGACUUAGCUCCAUUAGUUGAAACUCCAAAAACACUAAAUCAGAUUGCACAAAGAAAACAGAAAUUUUUCAUUAGAAUGAAACCAACCUUAGAAGAUAAAGAGGAAUUGAUGAAGCUGUUGAAACGUGCAGCAUUUCAACCACCGCUUGAUUUUAAAUUGAUACUUUUCUAUCAAUAUUUAGUAGAUUAUGGUUCAAAUGAAAAUUGUCCAAUGAUUGAUCAAGAUUUAAUAUUUCACUUUGAAGUUUUACGUUUUGAAGAACUUCAUCGUGGUCAUGUUGAACAUAGUUUAAUCAGAAAAAAAGUUCAAUGUAUUUUACAAACAUUUUUAGAAUCUGUAUUUCCACCACAAAUUCAAAUUAGUUUAUCAAAUGAAGUGAUUCAUCGCUUAGUUGGACGCAUUCAUCGUCAAACCGAUUAUAAAGGACCAAUAAGUUUAAAUUUAUUUGAUGAAGCAAUUAGACUGACUUUUAAUGAAAUUUUACCAUUUUGGGCUGGAUUUAAAAAGAAUAUUUUACACAAAUCCAGUAGUAAACAAUCCCAAAUACAGUCAACCAUAAAAUCAGAUUAUCAUCAACAAACACAACAACAUGAAGCUCCUUGGUUAUCUAGUCCAUUGACUUACAAAUAUCAUGAGUUGUUGGAAAAUCGUUUGAAAGCACAUCAAGAUUGGCAGCUGCCAUCAACUGAAAUACAACUUCCACCACAAUUUCAUCAUGAUAAAGAAAACAAAUGCUUUCAGUUAUUCAAUACUCCUGGAUUUUUACGUGAACAAUUUUUUGAAUUUCUGAUACAAACAGCAAUUAAACAAGAGAAACGUGUAUUUUUAGAAAAUAAAUCCAAAUUUAUGCUUGUUCAUUCAUCAUCCGGUCAUAAACAUGCAUUGAAAGAAGUACUCACUGAUAAUGUUGUUAUGAGUAAAUUAGUCAAUACUAAGGCAACUUUAGAGGUGACUGCAUUGAAUGAUUUUUAUCAAAUGCUUAAAACUGAUCAAUCACGUGCAUUCUAUGGUUAUAAACAUGUGAAAACAGCUGCAGAUGCAUGCGCUAUCGAUACACUACUCAUCACUGACACACUGUUUCGUUCACGUAAUCUAAGUGAACGUACUAAAUAUGUGGAAUUGGUCGAUCAAGUGAAAGAUAAUCAAGGCAUUGUAAGAAUAUUUUCUAGUCUACAUGUUUCUGGUGAACAACUUAAUCACUUGUCUGGUGUAGCUGCAAUAUUACGCUUUCCAAUACCGGAACCUGUGACAGACGAUGAUGAAUCGGAUAGUUCUGAAGAAGAUGAUAAUUAA